AUGCCUAUUAUUGUGGAGUUUGAUGAAUUUCAUUCACCUAUUGGAGAGACUGCCAGUUUGCUUGCUGGAGUAUGUGGACUAGUAGCAACAAAUAGUCUCUUUUUUCCUCAAGGUUUUGAUAAGUGGUCAGACAUGCUUGGGGAUUAUUUUGAUGAACAAUGGAAAACUCUUUUUGAGCCUCGAUUUUGUUUCAAGGUACAUGAAGAUUUAGCUAAAAGGUAUAUUGAGGCUUCAAUUGGAAAAAAGUGGAAGGAAUAUAGGAUUAAUCUUUGGAAAGAUAAUUAUAACCCACUUUUGAGCAAAAGUGAAAUCAUCACAAAUAAACCUGUUGACGUUCCUCUAGAUCAUUUGGCCUUAUUUGUGGAGUAUUGCUCAAAACCAGAAAUGGUGGAUCUUUGUAAGAGAAACCAACAAAUAAGGAAGAAACAACUAUUUUCUCAUAUGUGUGGUGUUAAGUCUUUGACUAUUGAGCUAACUGUUGAGACUGGUAGGACUAUUGGUCGGGGUCUAAUGUGGAAUAUAACCCACAAAAAGAAGGAUGGAAGCUAUGUGAAUGAAAAAGCUAAUGAGAUAUGGGAAAAAAUUGACAGUCAUUUAAAUCAAAACCUUGAGGCUUCUUAUGAAAUUUCUUCAAAUGACAUUGUUAUAAAGGUAUUAGGAAAAGAGCAUCCAGGUCGUGUUCGAGCAAUGGGCAUGGGAGUGGUUCCUACUACUGCUUUUAAACAUAUCACUACAAGACUUAAUGGUAUGGAUUUUGGUUCUUUAAGUGGUAGUACUUCAAGUCAUAGUUCUUCAUUGGUAGAACAAAGACCUGCAUCUGUGACCACUCUAUGGGAAGCAGUUGUUGACUACAUUAGUAAGAAAGAAGGUGGUACACUCCUUGUAGAGUUAGCUUCUGUACUUGCAAAUCAAAGACAAUAG